GGAUCACCAGUAUCUCCGUUAGUCGCCAAUCUGUUUAUGCACUCAUUAGAAACAAAUGCAAUUAUGAGAUGCCUUAGUCCCCCAAAGAUGUGGUUAAGAUACGUAGAUGAUACCUUCAUCAUAAUCAAACGUAGUUUGUUAAAUGAACUUUUUCAGUUAAUAAACAAUAUGUCAGAAACCAUCAAGUUCUCCAAAGAGGUUGAAUCCGAUGAAAAUGAGUUGGCGUUUCUGGACUGUUUAGUAAAAAGAAAAUUAGACGGAAAAUUUAAAAUAAACAUUUUCAGAAAGCCGACAAAUUCGGAUAGAUACCUAGAUUACCAUUCAGCUCACCCAUUUACCACCAAAGUAACUGUGGCCAAGAAUCUGAUCAACAGAGCCAAACGUCUAGUUACUGAGGAGGAAGAUAUUAACGAGGAACUAAAAUUAGUUCAAUCCACUCUUGAGUCAAAUAAUUAUCCUAAAGCCUUCAUAAAAAGAUACUUAAAAUGUGAAGAUAAGGAUGAAUCAAAACCUGCUGCUAAGAAUUGGGUUAGUACAGCGGUGGUUCCUUACCGCAAAGAAACAUCCGAUGAAAUAAAGCGAAUCCUUAACGAACAUAACAUAAGAGUGUACUUUCGUGCAUCUAACACCUUACGUUCAUUGCUGGUGAAGGUUAAGGAUAAAAUAGAACAAGAAAACCAGCAGAAUUGCGUAUACCAGAUCAAUUGUGGGGAUUGUAACGCAGUAUAUGUAGGAGAAACUUCUAGACAGGUAAAUAUAAGAAUGAAAGAGCAUAAACAAUGUCUAAAGGUGGUUCCAAAGAGCUCUGCAGACUUGAAGAAGCUAGAAAACAACUCAGCGAUUGCACUACAUUCAAUAGAAACGGGACACAAAAUCGACUUUGAUAAGACUAAGGUUUUACAAAAAGGUUUUGGUUCAUAUCAAGAAAGACUAACUGCAGAAGCCCUACAUAUAUGGGUGAAUCCCAACAGUUUAAACAGACGUGAAGGUGUGAUGUUAGCCGAUGCAUGGCAAAUCCUGACUAAUAAACAAAAUAAAAUUUGAUAUGUAUGAUCAAGUAGUCACACUUAGUCAAAUUCCCGAUUGUCUACGUCUUCUUAUGGAGAGAAUAACAAAUCUAUAAAAAUUAAAUUAUAUUUAUAAAAAUGUCAAUUAUUUUG